ACUUCAAAGAAGAUAAAAUAGUCCAUUACAUUACCAGAAUCUCCGAUGACUCAACACUGUCGGAGAGUUUCAUGUUAGACUGAGAAACAGCCGGAAACUCUUCCAUUUCCGGCCAUCGGAAAAUAAAUAAAAUCCCCAUGGAAACUUUCUCGUCCACCGUUGCUUCCCGCCAUUUCUCACCUUCGCUCACCAAAAUCUCCCUCUCAAAUCCCAAAACCUCCUAUCUUUCUCUUCCUUCUUCUUGGCCUGCUUCCACCCACUCCCUCUCUUUCUCUUCUCGAAACUCAUUCACCAGAGAGGCGUGGAGGUUUAUAAAUUCCAAGAAUGUAGUGAGUUUCAGAAGGGAAAUGCGCGGUGUGAUCAGAGCUGAAAUGUUCGGGCAGCUCACCACCGGACUUGAAUCCGCCUGGACCAAGCUUAGAGGGGAAGAGGUCUUGAACAAGGAAAACAUUGUUGAACCUAUGAGAGACAUUAGGAGGGCUCUACUAGAGGCAGAUGUUAGUCUUCCGGUUGUGAGAAGAUUUGUUCAAUCUAUUAGUGAUCAAGCUGUUGGCACUGGCUUGAUUCGAGGAGUGAGACCAGAUCAGCAAAUGGUUAAAAUUGUGCAUGACGAACUUGUGAAACUGAUGGGUGGAGAGGUUUCUGAGCUAAUUUUUGCAAAAUCUGGCCCCACAGUUAUUCUAUUAGCCGGUCUACAAGGUGUUGGAAAGACCACUAUCAGUGCAAAAUUAGCUUUAUAUCUUAAAAAGCUGGGGAAAAAAUGCAUGCUAAUUGCUGGAGAUGUGUAUAGACCUGCUGCAAUAGACCAACUUGUUAUUUUGGGUGAACAGGUUGAUGUACCUGUUUAUACAGCUGGAACAGAUAUUAAACCUGCAGAGAUUGCUAAACAAGGUUUAGAAGAGGCUAAAAAGAAGAACAUAGAUGUGGUCAUAAUGGAUACUGCCGGAAGACUUCAGAUAGAUAAGGCAAUGAUGGAUGAAUUGAAAGAAGUGAAACAGGUGCUGAAUCCCACCGAAGUUUUGCUUGUUGUGGAUGCAAUGACUGGCCAAGAAGCAGCAGCACUGGUCACGACUUUCAAUCUUGAAAUUGGAAUUACGGGUGCCAUCUUGUCAAAGCUGGAUGGGGAUUCUAGAGGUGGAGCAGCUUUGAGUGUAAAAGAGGUUUCAGGAAAGGCGAUCAAACUUGUGGGAAGGGGUGAGCGCAUGGAGGACCUUGAACCUUUCUAUCCUGAUCGUAUGGCAGGACGUAUUUUAGGGAUGGGAGAUGUUUUGUCUUUUGUGGAAAAGGCACAAGAAGUUAUGCGCCAAGAAGAUACGGAAGAGCUGCAGAAGAAGAUCAUGAGUGCUAAAUUUGACUUCAAUGACUUCCUCAAGCAAACUCGUAUGGUUGCACGGAUGGGUUCCAUGUCUCGUAUUAUCGGAAUGGUUCCUGGGAUGGCAAAGGUAACUCCUGCACAAAUUCGAGAUGCUGAGAAGAACUUAAAAGAAGUGGAAUCAAUAAUAGAAGCAAUGACCCCGGAGGAGAGGGAGCAGCCUGAGCUAUUGGCAGAAUCUCCCGACAGGAGGAAACGUGUUGCUCAAGAUUCGGGAAAAACUGAAGAGCAGGUGAGUCAACUUGUCGCUCAGCUCUUCCAGAUGCGUGUGCGUAUGAAGAAUUUGAUGGGUAUGAUGGAAAGCCAAUCCAUUCCCGCACUAAGCAAUCUUGAAGAGUCCGUGAAAUCGCAACGGAAGGCCCCUCCUGGAACUGCAAGAAGAAAGAGGAGAUCUGGAACAAGGAUCCAGUUUGCCCAGAACUCCAUGGCAUCUACAAUCACAAAGAGUUCUGCGUAGCUUUGAGCAGCACUACUUUUGCAGUUUAACUGGACAUGCUAUAUCCAGUGCUUGCACAAACAAGUGUUCCUCGGUUUAAAGAGGUUUCCGCGUACAUUUCGUGUGACAUUAUAUUUUUUGUACAUUUAAGGGAAAUGAGAAGUGAACAAUAGAUCUCUUGUUUAAGUCACUGGGUUUUA